AUGUGGAACUGUCGGGGUUUGGGGAAACCCCUUACAGUUCACAACAUUAAAGGGAUUGUUAAAUCCCAUUCCCCCGAGGUAUUGUUUCUCUGUGAAACCAAAAACAAUACCUCGCAUGUGGAGAGGGUGAUUAAGGAUGUUGGUUUCUCGAAUUUGUUUUGCUUGGACCCGAUUGGACAUGCAGGAGGGUUAAUGGUUGCUUGGAAGGAGGAAACGAGGGUGCAAAUCAAAGCUUUUGAAUCUUUUCUAGUGCACUUUGCAUGGGAGGAUAGUCAAAAUGCAAAGACAUGGGAAGUUUUUGCUGUGCAUCUCCACACAGAUGAAACAAUUAGAGAAGCGCAGUUCGGACAGCUACUUCAGAUUAUGGAUACUUCGGGAGAGCAUCGAUUGGUGGUAGGAGACUUCAAUGCUAUAAAGGCCCACCAUGAGAAGGAGGGAGGGAGGAUGAAAUCAGCAUCAUCCAUUCAGAAAUUCAAUGAUUUUAUUAAGAAAGCUGAAUUGGUGGAUAUGGGAUAUGAAGGCAAGAAGUUCACAUGGAGUAAUAGGCAGUUCGGAGGUAAUUUUAUUCAAGAAAGACUAGACAGAGCACUUGUGUCGACGGAAUGGAGAGCAGAAUAUCCAAACGGUUUCGUGUCUCAUUUGGAUGGUACAGGAUCUGAUCACUGCCCCUUGCUCCUUAAUUCAGAAAAGGAAGAAAGAAGGUCAAGAAGAAGAUUCAGGUUCCAAGAGCGUUGGUGCGAUAAAGAAGAGGUAUCAAAUAUUGUUAAACAUGCUUGGGACUUGGAAGUAGUGGGCUCAUCCAUGUUCAAAUUGGCUACAAAACUAAAACAUUGCAGGCAUAAACUGUAUGAAUGGCAAAAAUCAGCAGAUUCAAAUUCAAAACAGCAGAUCCGAAGAGUGCAGGGGAAAUUGGAAGAAGAAAAAGAAAAAGGAGCAGCUGCAGAUGGUGUAAACCCCCGGAUUUUUAGAAAAUAA